AUGUUAUCUUUACCUAAGACACGACUUAGUUUUAUUGACGUUUCAAGCUUUCAUGGAAUUGAUUGUGUCAGCACGGAUUAUAUACAAAAAACAAUUGCGCUUUUAACUCCCUUUGCUGCAGAAACUGAGCUGCGAUUUUACAGGCAAGAUUCUUGCUCGGCUGAUGGUUACACAACAUCAGUGUAUACUUUGUCAAUCUCCUCUGCCACAUAUGACAAUCAUCGACCUUGGUACUUGGAGGAAUGUCCAUCAUCAAUUGCCACCACCUACAGUUCAGCAAACAUCAACCAGCCAGCUAUUGUACAUCUUCGUUUUCUUUUUUUUGCAUCCAGCCAUAGUUUACAUCUCAUUGACUGUUUCUCGAAGGUGACUGUCGAUGUUCCUGCCGGAUGUACGAAAAUGCACACUGCCCCGACCUUACAUGGAGAGAUAUGCAACACAUUGUCCUGCGCACAGCAAACCCCACUCCGCUUUUGGGAAAUCCAGGGUGGUCGCAAAAUGGUGUUGGAAGGAUGA